CGGAGCAACCGAGCAUCCCUGGCAGGGUCUAGGGGUUGGCGUUUUCGUGCGCCAUGAUCCUUACCGGUGGCUCCUGUACCCCGCAACCGUGCCUUCAGCCUGCGGUCUUCGCUGGGUCUGCGCCAUUGGCGACAUACUCGCAGGCACCCUUGGCGGCUUACUCGCAGCCGCCGUUGGCGACUUAUUCGCCCCAGCCGCCGUUGGCGACUUAUUCGCCCCAGCCGCCGUUGGCGACUUAUUCGCCCCAGGCGCCGUUGGCUGCUUACCCGCCGCAGACGCUCUAUCAGCCGCUCGGGCCCAGCCCCUGCCAGUAUGUCUCUGUGCCGGCGCCGAUCCUGGCAACCAGCAGCUAUAUGACCAGCGGGCUGCAAGGUUACGGGUGCGCCGUGCCAGCAUCGGCCGGCUCCUUCUCGGUGCCGGGCGGCGCCAUCCCCAGAUACCCAAGCAGCUUCAGCGGCGGCUCCUUUGUGGUGCCCCCCGGCGGGUCCUACGUGCCGCCGGUGGCCUACGUGCAGCCCAGCGGCUCCUUCGUGGCGCCGCCCGGAUACGUGCCACCCGCGCUGGGCAGCAGCUCCUACGUGCCGCCCAUAGGCACUGGCUCCUAUGUGCCGCCCGUGACUGGCUCGUAUGUGCCGCCCCUGGCGACAAGCGGCAGUUUCGAUGGCUUCGGCUUUCCGAGCACCGGCUCCUUCGUGGCGCCGCCUGGACCUGUGGGUUUGGCGAAGCUGAGAAACAAGGAGUUCAAGUUCUACGUGAAGCCACCAAAGUCAGCAGACGAAGGUCAUCCGGCGCAGCUCGCUCAGCCGUCCGAGGCUUUGAGAAGCGUGCCGAGGGCUGCAGCCCCGGCACCUUACAAGACAUCUUCGAAGGCGCCGGUCUCUACGAAGAAGGCCAAGUCGUCGCGGUCGGCGGCUUGCUGCUGACGAAAGGGCAAAGAACCUCCGCGGGGAAG